AUGCUCCUCCUCCUCCUUCUAUUAUGCUCUUCUCGUGUAUGUUAUGUUAAUUUCUUUCUUUUUCCACGUUAGAAGAGAUGGGUUUUUCUUCCACAUGAUCUUAUCUUUUGUUUGUAUAAUUGUGUGAUGUUUGGGGCCUUCAAUUCUUUGGUCUCCUGAGUUAUUGAUUGUGUAUUUUUUGUUGCCAACAGGUUUUCUUACUUUAUUUCUUUUUAACAGCAGCAUCUACGUCUCCCAGAAGAUUGGACGUCAUAAAUCGACAGAUCGAUGUUGCUUUCGACAGUGAAUACGAAUUCUAGUUUACAUUCUUUUCGGUUGCCGUCUUCCAAAAUUGCCAAAGUAUGUACUUCAUGUUUAUGUUCUGUUUCAACUCCAAAUUUCGUUGUCCGACCUCCUGGGAGCACUGUGAAACGCCUGGUCUGCUUUGCUGAUUCAAGGAAAUCUGACCCGAAUCCUGACGCCAAUCUUAGCCGUAAUCCAAAGUUGAAGCCUACUGGAAAAACCCGACUCCGCAAAACUACUAAAGGUCCUCAAAAUGAGUGUGAGGACUCCGAGACUUUGUUUCCGGCAAUGAUCCCUAAAAAGCCAAGGCGGGGUCGCAAAAGCGAAGCAGCAGCUGUUGAGGAUUUCGUGCGUGAUUCGUUGGAACGGACUUUUGAGUCAAUCCGGAAGCAGAAUCCCGAAAUUCUGAAGAAUAUGGAAAACAUCAUGAAGAAAAAGGCUGAUGGUGAUCUGGGUUCUGAAGAUGACACAUCAGAUGAUGACUCUGAUAGUGAUGAAGAUGAAGACAAUAAUGCUUCAGGAGAAAAGAAGAUGCUGAUUGAGGAGGAGGAUCCAGAUUGGCCUUUGGAUGCUGAUAUUGGCUGGGGAAUCAGAGCCUCCGAGUAUUUCGAUAAGCAUCCCAUAAAGAAUGUUGUAGGCGAAGACGGCACAGAGAUUGACUGGGAGGGAGAAAUCGAUGAUGGAUUGGUGAAAGAGAUCAAUUGUCUUGAGUGGGAGAGCUUUGCUUUCCAUCCGAGCCCUCUAAUUGUCCUUGUUUUUGAAAGAUACAACAGGGCAAGUGAUAACUGGAAGGUCUUGAAGGAGUUGGAAAAAGCAGCAGAAGUUUACUGGAAAGCAAAAGAUCGGCUACCUCCUCGGACAGUCAAGAUAGAUAUAAACAUCGAGAGGGAUUUAGCGUACGCACUUAAAGUUAAAGAAUGCCCACAGAUUUUGUUCUUACGUGGAAACAAGAUACUAUAUAGAGAGAAGGACAUGAGAUCAGCAGACGAGUUGGUUCAGAUGAUUGCAUAUUUUUAUUAUAACGCCAAAAAGCCUUCAUACAUCAAUGAUGCUGCUCUCUCUUCACCACAUCAGUGGAGAUAACGCGGUCUACCAAACGUAAUCAACCAUUAGUCGGUAGGAAUUGGUGGAGGCCGUAAA